GCUGGAGCUCGAUGUUACAAGCCUAAAUGCUGGGCUCUCCACAGGGUCCCUAGAGGACCACAUGGGGUAUGAGCUGCAGAUUCCAGAGCUGGUGACAGUGCAGGAGGGCCUGUGUGUCCUGGUGCCCUGCUCCUUCUCCUACCCCAGUGAUGGAUGGAGUCACCUAGACCCACUCUACGUCUUCUGGUUCCAGAAAGGGGACAAUGAACACUGGGAUCCUCCCGUGGCCACAAACAAACCCGGCCAGAAGCUGCAAGAGAGAAGCCAGGACCAUUUCCAUUUCCUCGGGGACCCCCAGACCAACAACUGUUCCCUGAGCAUCAGAGACAGCAGGAGGAAAGAUGGUAGAGUGUAUUUCUUUUGGUUGAAGAGGGGUCCUGUCGUGAAAUCCAGCUUCAAGCAAAAGACACUGUCUUUGAAUGUGACAGGUAGGGGUGCCUGUGUCCAGGAGCCUAGGGCUCAGAUGGGGGAGCCAUCCCUGGGGCCAGGACAGAGGCCACUUCUGAGGUUACACCCUGAAAGUUUCCUCUCUGUGUCCAGGUCUCUGCCUCUCUCCCUCCCAGCCCUCACCCAGACACCUGACAUCCAAGUCCCAGCAACUCUGGAAUCCGGCCAUCCUGUGAACCUGACCUGCUACAUGUCAGCAGCCUGUAAAAGCAGGAAGCCUCUCACCUUUUCCUGGAUAUGGGCAACUGUCAUUUCCUUGGGCCCUGGGACACCUCAAUUCUCAGAGAUCACCAUCAUCCCACAUCCCUGGAGCCACAGCUCCAAUAUUACCUGCCAAGUGACUUUCCCAAGGUUUAAUGUGACCGCAGAGAUGACCAUCCAACUCAAAGUCUCCUAUGCUCCACAGAACCUGACCAUGUGUCUUCCAUGGCAACAACACAGGGACACAGCCCUGCUUCAGAACCAGGGACAGCGCCACCUCCGCUGCCUGGGGCUCCCCAGGACCAAAAUGUGUCUGGAUGUGCAGCGAGAGCCGCCUGCCUAA